UCGUAACAAUUGGUGUCAGAAGUGGGAUUCUUAAAUAAAUCCCGAAGGAUAAACUUUUGAAAAUAGCAAAAAUUCAGGAUUUAAAGAUUGAGGAACUCAAACGGGAUUUGGAGAAGCGAAAUUUAGCAACCUCCGGAAGAGAAGUGGAGUUACUAUCACGGCUGCGAGAGGCUAUGGAAGCAGAAGGCAUCGACGUGGACAAAUACGACUUCCAGGGUAAACUUGACGAUGCAUUCGCAAAGGAUGAACAGAAGGACGAGGCCGCUUGUUCGUCGAAGGAUGUGCAGCAGACAUCCGGGAAGGUUGAAGAACAGCAAAAGUCUCUAAGUUCAUCAACAGCUAUGGACAUGAACACGUUAUUGGCUGCCAUGUCACAGAUGUCAUCAGAGAUUUCAUCCCAGCUGCAAGUGCAGGGAACACGCAUAUCAUCGCAGCUAGAUGAAAAGAUUACUCAGUUACAAGAGAAUUUAUUCAAAAAUAACUCGGAACUCAGAGAGAGACAGAUAAAAUCGAGGAACGACAAGAUAAAAUCGAAGCGCUUAUUAAGGAAAAACAGGACAAAGCCGAAGCUAAGGUGGAUGAGCUUGAAGAUCGUCUCCGGGGUUUGCUGUUGAAUCGUCCAGCUAAUUCGACGAACGCUCCCAAGGUAAAGACUCCAUCUUUUGAUGGCACUAUUCCUUUCCAGGUCUUUAAGCUCCAG